CUGGGGAUCUUCUCCACACUGUUAUGAUCUGCCUCUUAUGCGUUAUACCCUUGUUUAUAUGACUUCACAUGCUUGCACAUAAUUCCACGCUGUUAGUCGCUUCUUGUCCAUGAAGCGUCCGCGUCGAAUUCCAGUGUCGAUCGGCGCCACCUACCACCACAACAGUCCAAAGCUCCUUCCUCGCCCACAAUGACCGCCUCGAAGAGCGGAAAAGAAGAUCGCACCCGUGCCACAACGUCCGAAUACGCGCCCGAUCUGAGCAUCACCGCAGCCGACGAUGUCCACCUCCACGCCGCCGGCUACAACGAAUCGCCUGAUCGAGGCCUCAUCAACAGCUACGCCCGUUUCCGCUCUUCUCCCCUGGACUUUAUACGCGAAGUGUCCCUGCAGUUCUCCGGCUCAGGAUGGCGCUCAUUUGACAAUCAUGUCGGGCAGCCCGAGUUCUACUCAGGCUUCUCAGAGGACAUGAAGACGCGGGUGCUCAACAAUCCCAUGCUUGUUAGCAAAGUUCGAGAGCUGGCCGAGGGCAGAGUCGAGGUAGAAGCUAAUGAGGGUCUGUUGGGCGUGGAGGCACAAAAUGGCAGUGGUGUAGGGGAGAAGGACCGGAAAGCGAAGCGAAAGACAGAGAUCGAGGAGUCGCUCAUGCAGGUCAGCGAGACAUGGACAGACGGUAUGAUCUGUAAGAUGGAGAGCAAGAACUUCAUUCGCGGCGCGUACUACCUGGCCACGCAGCUCCUAACAAGGGCAUAUCACCAGGGCGUGCACGUUUCUAGCGAAGAGGUUCUGCGACUACGCACCGUGGCUGCCGAAGCAGCGCGGAAGAAGCAUUCGAUUAUCUUCUUACCUUGCCAUCGCUCUCACGUCGACUAUGUCUCGCUGCAGAUUAUCUGUUAUCGCCUAGGUCUCGCACUGCCUACCGUUGUCGCCGGCGAUAACCUUAACUUCCCUGUUGUGGGAUCCUUUCUCCAACACGCUGGAGCGAUGUGGAUACGGCGGAGCUUUGGAGAUGAUCAGUUGUACACCACCCUUGUACAGGCCUACAUCGACACAUUACUUCAGUGUGGAUACAACAUGGAGUGCUUUGUGGAAGGAGGCAGAAGUCGCACUGGCAAGCUCUUGCCUCCCAAGUUCGGCAUCUUGAGCUACAUGCUUGACAGUGUGGCGAGCGGACGGGUUGAGGACGCCAUCAUAUGUCCUGUGUCUACACAAUACGACAAGGUAAUUGAAGUCGACUCGUAUAUCAGUGAGCUUCUCGGGCAGCCAAAGCCAAAAGAGAACCUGAUGGAUUUUUUAUCCUCAUCUUCAGUAUUGUCACUCAAGCUUGGGCGCGUUGACGUUCGCUUCCAUGAGCCUUGGUCACUGCGAACAUUCAUUGAUCAGCAACGAGCGCGCGCCAGCAAGCUGCCUAAACAGCUCGAUUCGAAAGAAGAUCGCGUUCGCUUGCUGAGAACGCUUGGUUUCAAGGUGCUAUCUGAGAUCAACGAUGUAUCUGUCGUCAUGCCUACUGCGCUAGUCGGUACAGUACUCCUUACCCUUAGAGGACGUGGAGUAGGUAAGACUGAGCUCGUCAGACGAGUGGAAUGGUUAUGUGAUCGAGUUCGUGCUCAAGGUGGUAGAGUCGCGCAUUUCGGAAACUUGCCUAAUAGUGUUGUAGUGGAUCGAGCGCUUGAAGUGCUUGGUCCAGGGCUCGUGGGUCUUGUGCCUGGAUUGCCCGAAGAUACCUACUACGCUGUGGAUCGCUUCCAACUUUCCUUCUACCGCAACAUGACGAUUCACCUCUUCAUUCUCCAGUCUUUGGUCUCCGCGGCGCUCUACAGCACUGUCAAACGGGGCGGCGCCCCCGAAUCCCAACGUAUGCCAUAUGCCGACCUACACGCGCAGGUCGGCUUUCUGUCUCAACUAUUCCGUGGCGAAUUCAUCUUUCCAACUGAAGGUCUCGACAUUAACCUUGCGCGCACAAUCGCUGGUCUUGAGGCGGACAACGUUAUCAAACUAACUCGCGACACCGAGGGUGUCAUUGAGUACGUGGAGUUGACCGACCAAGAGAGGGAGACUGGCAGAGAGAAUUUCGACUUCUACUGCUUUCUCAUCUGGCCUUUCAUCGAGGCCGCCUGGCUUGGGGCCGUCUCGCUCAUGAUGCUUACACUACCCUUGAACCACACUACCAGCGAGCUCUCCGCCGCAAACGAGAGGUGGCUAGACAUGAAACGAGUCCAAGAUCGCGCUCAAUUGCUCGGCAAGACCCUCUAUCACCAAGGCGACCUGUCGUACUAUGAAGCAGUCAACAAAGAGACGCUCAAGAACUCUUACACGAGAUUCGAAGAGGAGGGCAUGAUUAUCGUCGCGAAGAGCAAGAACGCGAAGAUGCCCACCACAAUCCGACUUGCAGACGAAUGGUCGCCGGUAAGAGGGUCGAAGGGCAUCAUCGCAGACGGCCCCUUGUGGCGCUUUGCCGAACGCAUAAGUGCCAGUCGUCGCGAAGGCAAGAACAGACGAGACGGCGCGACGGUGCAGACAAGAGUGCUCAGUCUGGUCGAUGUUGUGGGUCAAGCGCUGUGGGAGGGCGACGUACUGGAUGCAAAGAGCAUAGGACGGGACGAAGUCGGAGCUGCGAAGAAGAAGGCUAAGGGGCGGGCGAAGAGAGGAACCAUGGCGAGGCUGUAGAUAUAGGCGAGGAUUGAUUUACUGUCUUAUCUGUUCUGGCAUGUAUAGAGAGUUGUAACCUGUACCGAAACUAGAUAUCCUAGUCAUCACUUGCGCAU